AGAACAUGUACCUCUCUUGGAAAGUUACAAGAAGUAACUCAGUAACUUAACAAGCCUAUUAAAUUUUUAUUUUAUAUUCCACCUAGAUCCAUGGUUCAUACUGGUUACUUGGGAGAAAAAUCUACACCGCCAUGGGUUCAUUCAUGGGGCAACCCAAGAUUCUUCUGACUGUGGUGUUGGUCGUCCUGGCUUGGUUUGAAUUGAUUACUGCCUGACGUCCGGGAGAGGGGGCUGAGGGAGCUCUCAGUUUCCUUCCGUCUGCCUCAGAGGAACUCCAGUGGCAGCAAUUGCAAGUGUAUGAGAUAGAAGUCUGUGGUGUCCAGUCCUGCUUUUUAAGCACAGAAAAAGUCAGGGAUUCAAGAAAAAAAUCCCUGUCCAAAAGGCGAGUGGGCAGUUGGCUGGAGUGACCUUUGUGGUGUUUUGGAAGAACUUGGCUGUGACAAGAAGCUAUGAAUACCUAUCUUCUACUUCAAGAUGCCCUGGCCUGACAGCACCAUCCCUCGGCCCCCAGCACCUUGCUGUGCCUCUAAACCUGUCCCCAAGCCCUCCCUCUUGGAGUCUGUCUCCCAGGAGUUUGGCAACCUGACCCAUCUUUUGUACUGGCCUUCAAGCCCAGGAGAAGAAAAGGACCUAUUGGCUUCCACCAGCCCCCAGAACUCCACCUACUACCUGAGGGGUCCUGCGCAGGCCAGCUAUGCCCUGGGAGGCUACCUGGAGGCCAUCCUUGUGGCCAGAGACCAUAGGGGCAGGCCCAAGACCCACGGUGGGGAUCUGUUUCGGGCACAGCUGCUGGGUCCUGACUUGAAGGCAGGGGCCCCCGGGGAUGUCCAGGAUCUGGAGAACGGCACAUACCUGCUGUCCUUCCCCCUUCUUUGGGCUGGGCAGGCCCAGGUGCAAGUGCGGCUGAUCCAUUCCAGCGAGGCAGUCGGGGUUCUGCGAAGAAUCUGGAGAGAGAAAAGAGCCACUGUUGAUUUUAGAGGGUAUUUCCGGGGACCCACAGGCAUUGAAGAGACUGUGAUUUGCAAUGUUGACCCUCUGUCCAUUGGAACAAGAGGGCCUACCUGCCAGUACAGAAAUACGGAUUCGGGGGAAGUCUGGUUCUGUGCUCAGCCCUCUACACUGCCCUGCAGCUCUUUAGUUGGGCACUCAAGUGGAAGUUACCUGAAUGUAACUACUCUACGUGAUGAGGCCCUGCUGGCACGGCAAGUGACAGACAAGGUGCUCCCUCGGGGCAUUUCUCCAAUCCAAAUCAGAAGGGCAGCCCCAGGAAACAGCAGCCUGGCCCUCCCCUCUCGACCCCCAUGCAGUCCUGGGCUCCCUGCCACCAAGCCCUCUGGCUUCUACCACGGGCAUGUGUGGCACUCGCUGUCCUGCGCCAGCCGCUCCUUUCCCACUGUUGACAGCAUCCUGGGCUGCCUGGCUGGUCACGUCAUCCACAUGAUGGGGGACUCCACGCUGCGGCAGUGGUGGGAGUAUCUGCGUGACACCGUGCCCUCCCUGAAGCCGGUGGAUCUGCACGUCACAUAUCAGACAGGGCCCCUGAUGGCCGUAGAGACCACUCGGAACAUAGUGCUGCACUGGCGGGCCCACGGCUGGCCCCUGCGCUCCCUCCGCACACCAGUGGCCUCCCUGCACUCUGUGGUCCAGGAGCUGGGAGGCCUGGCUGGGGGCCCCCACACCGUGGUGGUGCUGGGGCUGGGCGCACACUUCACCACCUUCCCUCCAUCCGUCUUUGUGCAGCGACUGGCAGGGAUCCGGGCAGCUGUGGCUGCGCUGCUGGCCCGGGAGCCCCGCACUCUGGUGGUCAUCAAACUGGCCAACACUGGCUACAAGUCCGUGUAUGGCAGUGACUGGUUCACCCUCCAGGUGAACCGGCUCCUCCGAGCUGCCUUUGCUGACCUCCGUGUGGCCUUUGUGGAUGCCUGGGAAAUGACCUCCAGCCUGGCCCUGCCUGACAGCAUCCACCCAGUGCGGCUCAUUGUCCAAAACGAGGUGGACUCCCUCCUCUCCUUCAUCUGCCCCACCUGAGCGCUGCUGUGGAUUCUGGGGCUUUGUGAAUGGAAGCCAUAGGAAUUGUGAAGAGCGCCAAAGGGACUCCGGACUAACAAUGAUCCAGAGAAGAGGGGCUACCCCAAUGUUUAAUUACUGUUAGCCCUGGAGACAAUCCUUGUGUACAUUAAUGAAAGAUUUUACAUAGAUGAAA